UUUGACCAGACCAGCUGCUCUUGAGAAGAAGUUCAGACUGCAGUCAUCCAUCUUCGACCAGACCAGCUGCUCUUGAGAAGAAGUUCAGACUGCAGUCAUCCAUAUCAAUUUCAUUCAAAGAUGUCCUACCCAUUAAUUAUAGAGAUGAUUGGUGGAAAUGGAGGUGAUCCAUUUUCAUUAACUGGUGAGAACGACGGUGCCAGUUUAGAGAAGAUCGGGGUUUGGGUUGGAGGAUCGCAGGUGAAGGCUGUCAGGGUUUGGCUUUCAGAUGGGAGAGUUGAAACUUUUGGACAACCAGCUGGAGAUCAUCAAGAGUUCAAGUUCAAGCCUGAUGAGUGUUUCACCUCACUGUCCUUGUGGGGGAACGGAGCAGGAACACGUCUUGGAGCUAUCAAAUUCAGAACCAGUCUUGGGAGAGAAUUCUUUGCAAAGAUGACAAGCUGGGGUUUAAAAACAGAAUAUCCCAUGGAUGUCGGCUCUGGAUUUUGUUUGGGAGUUGAAGGAAGAGCUGGUGGUGACAUCGACUGCAUGGGAUUCAUGUUUCUCAAUGCAGUUCAAUCAACAGUUCUCACCAAUGUCAACUAUCCCACUAUCAACCAACUGAUACCAAAGGUGGCAGUAGAAGAAAUCAAAUCCAUGACUUUCAGGAACAACUCCUCUGUCGCUCAAAAACAAAAAGUUGAAUCCUCAAAGAAAGUAACCAGCACAUCCUCAUGGUCUGUGAGUGAAAGUUUGACAGCAACAUUUAGUAUGGAAGUGAAGGCUGGGAUUCCAGGGAUUGCAGAAUUUACAGCAGGAUACAGUAUCAGCGUUGGACAUGAAAGUACUUACAGUCAGGAGCAGAUAGAUGAGAGAACCGAAACUCUGUCUACUGAUGUUGAUGUGCCACCAGGGAAGAAGGUAGAUGUUAACGUCACCAUUGGAAGAGCCUCUUUUGACCUGCCUUACACUGGCACAGUGCAGAUCACCUGCAAGAAUGGCAGUGUGUUACAGUACGAAACCAAGGGCACAUACAAAGGCGUCACUUACACUGAUAUGAAAGUGGAUAUUAAGGAAUCUCCUCUGUAAUGUUAAGACAGAUUGCACAUGUAACACAAGUUCUUUGCUUACUUCUAAUUUUGUCAAUCAGGUAUCGGUUGUUUUACAUUUAGGCCAAAUUUUGGGUGUUUUUUUAUUUUUAUUUUUAUUUUUGGGAGGGUUGGAUGUUCAGGGGAAAUAAAUAUAUGUGUGUGUGGUAUAUGAUAAUAUGAUAUGAUAAUAAUACACAUUCCUAUACAUUCAUACUUUGUGUAAUCACUUUAGAAACAGGUUCUGUAAAUUUUUUUUAAUGACAUUUAAUUAAAACUGUGUUACAAGCAA